AAACUCAGAAAUGGAUAGACUCGGAGACAGCAAGCCACAACCACUGCAAAGGCCUGCCUUCUGGGGCUGUGGAGCGUUUUCACCCAGAUCGGAGGUCACAGGUGCAUCCAGGGGACAAUGCUAACUCUCUGACUGCCUACCUGCCCCGCAGCCUCUGAAGAGCCCCCACUGCAGUCAUGAGUUCUGAUGCCGAGAUGGCCAUUUUUGGAGAGGCAGCUCCCUACCUGCGGAAGCCAGAGAAGGAGAGAAUCGAGGCACAAAACCGCCCAUUUGAUUCUAAGAAAGCCUGCUUUGCAGUGGACGAUAAGGAAAUGUACGUGAAAGGUAUGAUCCAGAGCAGGGAAAAUGACAAAGUCACGGUCAAGACCCUGGAUGACCGGACACUCACCCUGAACAGUGACCAAGUCUUCCCCAUGAACCCUCCCAAAUUUGACAAGAUCGAGGACAUGGCCAUGAUGACGCACCUGCACGAGCCUGCCGUGCUGUACAACCUCAAAGAGCGUUACACAGCCUGGAUGAUCUACACCUACUCGGGCCUCUUCUGCGUCACCGUCAACCCCUACAAGUGGCUGCCGGUGUACAACCCCGAGGUGGUGGCCGCCUACCGAGGCAAGAAGCGCCAGGAGGCCCCGCCCCACAUCUUCUCCAUCUCCGACAACGCCUAUCAGUUCAUGCUGACGGAUCGAGACAAUCAGUCCAUCCUCAUCACCGGAGAAUCCGGGGCGGGGAAGACGGUGAACACCAAGCGCGUCAUCCAGUACUUUGCAACAAUUGCGGUCACUGGAGACAAAAAGAAGGAGCAGCAGCCGGGCAAGAUGCAGGGGACCCUGGAAGAUCAAAUCAUCCAGGCCAACCCCCUGCUGGAGGCCUUUGGAAACGCCAAGACCGUGAGGAACGACAACUCCUCGAGAUUUGGCAAAUUCAUUCGGAUUCAUUUCGGAGCCACGGGAAAGCUGGCAUCUGCGGACAUUGAAACCUAUCUCUUAGAAAAAUCCAGAGUGACAUUUCAGUUGUCCAGUGAGAGGAGCUAUCACAUUUUUUACCAAAUCAUGUCAAACAAGAAGCCAGAACUAAUCGACUUGCUUCUCAUUUCAACCAAUCCCUUUGACUUCCCCUUCGUGAGCCAAGGAGAGGUCACCGUGGCCAGCAUCGACGACAGUGAAGAGCUUCUGGCGACUGAUAAUGCCAUCGACAUCCUGGGCUUCAGCUUAGAGGAGAAAGUCGGGAUCUACAAGCUGACGGGCGCUGUGAUGCAUUAUGGGAACAUGAAGUUCAAGCAGAAGCAGCGGGAAGAGCAGGCGGAGCCGGAUGGCACGGAAGUCGCUGACAAAGCCGGAUACCUGAUGGGCCUGAACUCCGCAGAAAUGCUCAAGGGCCUGUGCUGCCCAAGGGUGAAGGUUGGGAACGAGUAUGUCACCAAAGGACAAAAUGUCCAGCAGGUGACCAACGCGGUGGGAGCUCUGGCCAAGGCCGUCUACGAGAAGAUGUUCCUGUGGAUGGUCACCCGCAUCAACCAGCAGCUGGACACCAAGCAGCCCAGGCAGUACUUCAUCGGGGUCCUGGACAUCGCCGGCUUUGAGAUCUUUGACUUCAACAGCCUGGAGCAGCUGUGCAUCAACUUCACCAACGAGAAGCUGCAGCAGUUCUUCAACCACCACAUGUUCGUGCUGGAGCAGGAGGAAUAUAAGAAAGAGGGCAUCGAGUGGGAGUUCAUCGACUUCGGGAUGGACCUGGCUGCCUGCAUCGAGCUCAUCGAGAAGCCCAUGGGCAUCUUCUCCAUCCUGGAGGAGGAGUGCAUGUUCCCCAAGGCCACGGACACCUCCUUCAAGAACAAGCUGUACGACCAGCACCUGGGCAAGUCUGCCAACUUCCAGAAACCCAAGGUGGUCAAGGGCAGGGCAGAGGCGCACUUCUCGCUGGUGCACUACGCGGGCACCGUGGACUACAACAUCGCCGGCUGGCUGGACAAGAACAAGGACCCGCUGAACGACACCGUGGUCGGGCUGUACCAGAAGUCCUCGCUUAAGCUGCUGUCCUUCCUUUUCUCCAACUACGCAGGUGCAGAAGCAGGUGACUCCGGGGGAAGUAAGAAGGGCGGGAAGAAGAAGGGCUCCUCUUUCCAGACUGUGUCCGCUGUGUUCAGGGAAAAUUUAAACAAACUGAUGACCAAUUUAAGGAGCACCCACCCUCACUUUGUGCGAUGCCUGAUUCCCAACGAGACCAAGACUCCUGGCGUGAUGGACCACUACCUGGUCAUACACCAACUGCGCUGUAACGGGGUCCUCGAGGGCAUCCGGAUUUGCCGGAAAGGAUUCCCCAGCCGGAUCCUCUAUGCUGACUUUAAACAGCGCUACCGGAUCCUCAACGCCAGUGCCAUCCCCGAAGGGCAGUUUAUUGAUAGCAAAAACGCUUCUGAGAAGCUUCUGAGCUCCAUCGACGUGGACCGCGAGCAGUAUAGGUUUGGCCACACCAAGGUGUUUUUCAAAGCCGGACUCCUCGGACUCCUGGAGGAGAUGAGGGACGAGAAGCUGGCGACCCUGAUGACACGCACGCAGGCCAUCUGCCGGGGGUACCUGAUGCGGGUGGAGUUCAAGAAGAUGAUGGAGAGGAGGGACUCCAUCUUCUGCAUCCAGUACAACAUCCGCUCUUUCAUGAACGUCAAGCACUGGCCCUGGAUGAACCUGUUCUUCAAGAUCAAGCCGCUCCUCAAGAGCGCGGAGGCCGAGAGGGAGAUGGCCACCAUGAAGGAGGACUUCGAGAGGGCCAAGGAAGAGCUGGCCAGGUCGGAGGCUCGCCGGAAGGAGCUGGAGGAGAAGAUGGUGUCCCUGCUGCAGGAAAAGAAUGACCUGCAGCUGCAGGUCCAGUCUGAAACAGAAAACCUGAUGGACGCCGAGGAGCGCUGCGAGGGGCUCAUCAAAAGCAAGAUUCAACUGGAAGCCAAAGUCAAGGAGCUGAGCGAGAGACUGGAGGAGGAAGAAGAGAUGAAUUCGGAGCUGGUGGCAGAGAAGAGGAGCCUGGAAAAUAAAUGCUCAUCCCUCAAAAGAGACAUCGACGAUCUGGAGCUGACCCUGACCAAAGUGGAAAAGGAGAAGCAUGCCACUGAGAACAAGGUAAAGAAUCUUUCUGAAGAAAUGACAGCACUCGAGGAAAACAUUUCCAAAUUGACCAAAGAGAAGAAGUCCUUGCAGGAGGCCCAUCAGCAAACGCUGGACGAUCUCCAGGUUGAAGAAGAUAAAGUCAACGGUCUAAUCAAAAUAAACGUGAAGCUGGAGCAGCAAACCGAUGACCUCGAGGGCUCCCUGGAGCUUGAGAAGAAACUGCGGGCAGACGUGGAGAGAAUGAAGAGGAAGCUGGAAGGGGACCUGAAGAUGUCCCAGGAAUCCAUCAUGGAUCUGGAAAAUGACAGGCAGCAAAUAGAGGAGAAAUUGAAAAAGAAGGAGUUCGAAAUCAGUCAGUUACAAACCAAAAUUGACGACCACCAAGCGCACAGUUUGCAAUUACAGAAGAAGAUCAAAGAACUGCAGGCCCGCAUCGAGGAGCUGGAGGAGGAAAUCGAGGCAGAGCGGGCCUCCAGGGCCAAAGCAGAGAAGCAGCGCUCAGACCUCUCCCGGGAACUGGAGGAGAUCAGCGAGCGGCUGGAAGAAGCCGGUGGCGCCACUUCUGCCCAGAUCGAGAUGAACAAGAAGCGAGAGGCCGAGUUCCAGAAGAUGCGCAGGGACCUGGAGGAGGCCACCCUGCAGCACGAAGCCACGGCGGCCACCCUGAGGAAGAAGCACGCGGACAGCAUGGCCGAGCUCGGGGAGCAGAUAGACAACCUGCAGAGGGUCAAGCAGAAGCUGGAGAAGGAGAAGAGCGAGCUGAAGAUGGAGAUCGAUGACCUGGCCAGCAACAUGGAGACCAUCUCCAAGUCCAAGGUACCUGACUCCCUCAUCUUAGCAAGGGAGCUGAGCCAUCAAGUGGAAGAGAAGGAGUCUCUGAUUUCACAGCUCACCAAAGGCAAGCAGGCCCUCACCCAGCAGGUGGAGGAGCUUAAGAGGCAACUGGAAGAAGAAACCAAGGCCAAGAACGCGCUGGCCCACGCGCUGCAGUCCUCCCGCCACGACUGUGACCUGCUGCGGGAACAGUACGAGGAAGAGCAGGAGUCCAAGGCCGAGCUGCAGAGGGCGCUGUCCAAGGCCAACAGCGAGGUGGCCCAGUGGAGGACCAAAUAAGAGACGGACGCCAUCCAGCGCACAGAGGAGCUGGAGGAGGCCAAGAAAAAGCUGGCACAGAGGCUCCAGGAAGCAGAGGAGAACACAGAGGCGGUGAGCGCUAAGUGCGCCUCCCUGGAGAAGACCAAGCAGAGGCUUCAGGGGGAAGUGGACGAUCUGAUGCUGGACUUGGAACGCACCAACACAGCCCGCGUCGUCCUGGACAGGAAGCAGAGAGACCUGGAUAAGGUCCUUGCAGAGUGGAAGCAAAAGCUGGACAAGAGUCAGGCUGAGUUGGAAGCUGCUCAGAAAGGAUCUAGGUCACUUGGUACCGAAAUCUUCAAGAUGCAGAAUGCCUACGAGGAGGUGGUGGACCAGCUGGAGACCCUGAGGCGGGAGAACAAAAAUCUGCAAGAAGAGAUUUCCGACUUAACCGAGCAGAUUGCGGAAACGGGCAGGAACCUUCAGGAAGUGGAAAAGACCAAGAAGCAGGUGGAGCAGGAAAAGUCAGACCUCCAGGCUGCCCUGGAGGAGGCGGAGGGUUCCCUGGAACACGAAGAGAGCAAGAUCUUGCGCGUCCAACUGGAGUUGGGCCAGGUGAAAUUGGAGCUUGACCGCAGGGUCACUGAGAAGGACGAAGAAAUCGAGCAGCUGAAGAGAAACAGCCAGAGGGCCGCAGAGGCCGUGCAGGGCUUGCUGGAUGCGGAGGUCCGGAGCCGGAACGAGGCCCUGAGGCUGAAGAAGAAGAUGGAGGGCGACCUCAACGAGAUGGAGGUGCAGCUGGGCCAUUCCAGCCGCCAGGUGGCAGAGACCCAGAGACACCUGCGCACCGUGCAGGGCCAGCUCAAGGACUCGCAGCUGCACCUGGACGACGCCCUCAGGAGCAACGAGGACCUCAAGGAGCAGCUGGCCACUGUGGAGCGCAGGAACGGCCUCCUGCUGGAGGAGCUGGAGGAGAUGAAGGCGGCCCUGGAGCAGGCGGAGCGGACCCGCAGGCUGUCCGAACAGGAGCUGCUGGACACCAGCGACCGUGUGCAGCUGCUGAACUCGCAGAACACGAGCCUGAUAAAUACCAAGAAAAAGCUGGAGGCCGACAUAGCACAGUGCCAGGCGGAGGUGGAGAACUCGAUGCAGGAGUCCAGAAACGCGGAGGAGAAGGCCAAGAAGGCCAUCACUGAUGCGGCCAUGAUGGCCGAGGAGCUGAAGAAGGAGCAGGACACCAGCGCCCACCUGGAGCGGAUGAAGAAGAACCUGGAGCAGACGGUGAAGGACCUUCAGCACCGUCUGGACGAGGCCGAGCAGCUGGCCCUGAAGGGCGGGAAGAAGCAGAUCCAGAAGCUGGAGAACCGGGUGCGGGAGUUGGAAAGUGAGUUGGACGCUGAGCAGAAGAGGGGGGCCGAAGCUCUGAAGGGGGCUCACAAAUACGAGCGCAAAGUCAAGGAAAUGACGUACCAGGCCGAGGAGGACCACAAGACCAUCCUGAGGCUCCAGGACCUCGUGGACAAGCUUCAGGCCAAAGUGAAGGCUUACAAGAGGCAGGCCGAGGAGGCCGAGGAGCAGGCCACCACGCAGAUGUCCAGGUGCCGGAGGGUCCAGCACGAGCUGGAGCAGGCGGAGGAGCGGGCGGACAUCGCCGAGUCCCAGGUCAACAAGCUGCGGGCCAAGAGCCGCGAUGCGGGGGGCCAGAAGAUGGAAGAAUGAGGCCUUCCGGAUGCCGGUUGCCAUGGGACACCUCGG